GGACGAAAAGGGAUGUCAAACUAUGGUGUUUUGUUUGUUCUUGCAGGUUUCUACUGAGGUGCAGGUGUUAACUUCACAAGAUGCCGAUACAAGAGGCUUUUUACUUUUUAGAAAUCUUCAUGCCGUUGAUCACAUUUGGCAUCACCAUCCUCUGCUGCACAGCCUUUUGUAAGGCCUUCCACCGGGCCCGCGAGGAGCAACUGGACCGGGAGGAGAGACGAGACAGGCCCUCCAUCUAUGUCAUUCCCUUCCCCGCAGUAUCUUCUGACAAUGAAGACAUCCACAGGCCUCCUCGCUACAGCACCUCAGAGUUCUACAGCCCACCUCCUGCCUACAAUGAGGUGGAGAUGAAGCCAGACUUUAUCCACCCAGAGCUUCCGCCAGCCUACUCUGAGGUCUCCAACACACCUGUUUUCCCCCUGCAACCUUACUCGGCGUCUCCUGAACCCCACUCCCAACCAUAGGACUCUACCUCCUUAGGAAGCCUGCAAAGGGGGAGGCCUGAGGCCACAGACUAAGGGAUAAAUGACACAGAAUAUGGCACAUACUGUAUGUGGAGUGGGGAUUCUGAAGCUGGAUAUGUAUACCACAGAGACUUGGUCCUUGGGAUUGUUGAAUGGGGACGUGAGGUGGAAAGUUUGGAGACCAUAAGGAAAAGCAAGUGUUUGGACAUCUAUGAAAGUGUGUACUGUAAAGCAGAAGUUGGGGACAAGAGAUUGAAUGGGGUUGCGUAGUAGCUAUAGCUACCAAUCUGUACAUACCAGUGUGUAAAUAUGAAUAAAUCUUUCAAAUUUUAUUUUUCAAGAUAUUACUCAGAAUACUUUACUAAUAUUAUUAUGUAUCAGUGUCAUGGAACUUGUUGUGUAAUAUGGUAAAUAAAGUCUGUUUUCAUUAUCAAAGA